CUGGGAGCGUCGGGCCAACAAGGCUAUUUUGCCGGCGAUUUCGAAAACGAGCCUCCGCUGUUGGAGGAACUGGGUAUCAACGUGGAACAUAUUCUGCUCAAAACAAAAGCGGUAGUGCUGCCCUCGCAACGUUUUAACAAGAACACGGCCUUGACGGACCCCGCACUGAUUGUCGAAGACGCUGAUUUGGCCGGACCCUUGGCACUGGCGCUCACGUUGGGAGGAGAAAUGCUGCUGGCGGGGAAACUCCAAUUCGGUUAUAUUUACGGCUUUGGAUUGUUCGGUUGUAUGGCCAUGACACUGAUAUUGAACUUGAUGAGUCCAAAGGCAGUUUCGUUUUGGACCGUGACGAGUAUUCUGGGAUACGCGUUGCUGCCGGUGAAUAUCUUGGCCCUCGUGAAAAUUGUCCUGGUGAACAUUAUUCAAUUGAACACAUUGGCACGUAUUCUAGCCGUCUUGACGAUUUUGUGGAGUACAACGGCGAGUACACGUCUACUCGAAGUGGGUUGCAAUAUGCGCAAUCAGCGCUAUCUCAUGGCCUAUCCGAUUGCCCUCCUGUAUUCCGCCUUUGUGCUGAUCACAAUAUUUUAA